UUUUUCUUUACUCGUCUUUAUUUGUAGAAGAACUCAAACCGGAAAACAAAAAUUAUAUUAAAAAAAAAUAUUUUUCUACCGGGAUAUAAAAAUAAUUUGUAGAUUAUAUUUAGAAUUAAAAUAAAUAUUUUUUUUUAUUAUACUUCGAUUAUAGUUGAAUAUCAAUACAAAUUUCAUUUUGAACUAAUUAUGGUAGGAUAUGAAAUUGUUAAAUAUUCAAUCAUGUAUCGUUUAAUAAGAAAAUAACAAAAAAAAAAUAUGUGAUUGAUGUAUUGAGAAGAUAUUCUACAAGGUAUUACUUGUUAUAUUCUUUUCUUUCUCGUUAUUAAUACAAGGACAUAAACACUGUCUUUUCUUUAUUUGUGUGUAUUACUCAAGUAUAUUUUUUCUUCUUUAUUGUUGCUAUUUUGUUUGUAUAAUUUAUCCUUCGAAUCUAAUUGCAAAGAUAGAAAGUAUGUGACAAGAUAAAAUAAUGAUCGAUGAAGGAUAUUCUUUCGUUUCUAUCUUGCUUUCAUUCUUCACUUAUCCUAUUGAAUUUUAUUUCUUUUAUCUCUUUAAUUUAUAGUCAUUGCCAAUGAACAAUAAUCAAGCUAAAUAUUCUUCUAUGUGAAAUAAAAAAGAUAUGUUGAUGUAGACGAUACUUAACAAAUAUAUUUAUAUUUGAAAAAUUUCAAAUAAAAUGUGCUACAUUUCAAAGUUAAAAGUCAAUUCUUACGAUUAGAUACUAAUUGAAAUAUAUGAGACUGAUAGGAUGGAUUCGUUUGUUAUUUUAUAUUAAUGAUAAAUCGUUUGAAUACCGAAAUUUAUAAUGAUCUUGUAUAUAAAAUCGAUUUUAAUAGGAUUAUAAAAGCAUUUCGUUCUAUGUUCACCACAUAAUAUAAUCUACACAGAUUUUAACUAAAAACAUUUAUAGGAUUUAGCAAAAAAAAAACGACAACUUAAGUAUUUAAAUGAAGUUUUUUGAUCUCUUAAUUGAGAAACUACACUAUGCUUUUUAAUCAAAUAAAGUAUUACUUUUACACUGAUUGUUUUCAAGUUAACUAAUGCUAUCAAUUGAUUUUUAACGGAAUAGAAUAGACAUUUCAUACCUAAAACAAACAUUUUUUUUUUCAAUAAAACUACACAUUUUUAAAUAAAUAAUUCUAUAUUGCGUAUUAUUUAUUUUAUCGUCAAAAAAGAUAUAGUAUAAACUGUACAUUAUUAUCAGUUAACACCGAAAUGAUAUAGCUAUUUAAAUUAAUGUAAAUAACACAAUCUUCAUUUAUCUUAAAUACUCUUCUAUCGAUAUUCUUAAUCUAUAUUUAUUCUAUACUGUUUUUUUUCUCAAAUACACCUUUUUGUACAUAUACAUGUGCUUUUCUUUUUAUAUGAUCAAGAAUAGGUAUGUCGUUCUCAUACUCUUCAAUCGUAUGUUAAUAUCACUCCUACAUGUUGUGUUUAGUUUAAACAGUCCAUAUAUAAAAAAAAAUUUAUUCUUCGUAUUGUCUUAUACACUUUUUCAUUCAUCCAAAUAAUACAGUAAGAUAUUAUCUGUUUCAGGCACCUACCAUUAUCUCUUCAAUUAUUUUAUCGUUUAUAUUAAUUUACUUAAGUACCACAGGUGCACCAGUCAGUGAUCCAAUUGAAGCUAAUUGUUUAGAUCGAUUCUUUAAUCGAUCAAAUCUUGAUCCACCAUUAUUAUUAGAUUUAAUUAAAAGUAAUUUAGGACAUACAGAAGGUGCAGUUGGUGUUGCAUCACUUAUGAAAGUUGCUAUGUGUAUGUAUCAUCGUGGUAUUACAGCAAAUAUGCAAUUUACUUCACUUAAUCCUAAAACAGAAGCAUAA